AUGUUUAGCAGAAUAGGGCUUGUGAGACAAUUAGGUAGCGUGCCUUCAAUGUUGGUAAAACCAGUCUCACCAAUGACUGCCUUACGUGCCUCAUACAAAUCACCAAGCUUAGAAUCUCCAACACAAUCACCAAUAUUAAGUUCUUUACAACAGGGUUCUUCUCCAUCAACUUCAAUUUUUUCAAUUUUUGGUCUUGGUCAACGUCGUUGGAAAUCAAGAGGUAAUACUUUCCAACCUAAUACAUUUAAAAGAAAACAAAGAGUUGGAUUCUUAGCAAGAAUGAGAUCAAGAACUGGUAGAAAGAUUAUUAGAAGACGUAGAUUAAAAGAAUCAAUUGAAAAUAUAAGAAUAACAAAGUCAGUUUCCAAGACUCAAAGAGGAACCUUUGAAAUAAUGUCUUUAAGAAUAUUCAGCAAGAAUGCUAUAAGUAUAGCCAGAUCCAUGUGUCCAGCUAUGACUAUCAGAGGAUUUAGCUCAAGUAUUACAAAAUUUGAUGAAGUAUCUAAAACAGCAGCUGAAAAGAAACAAAGAGAAAAAGGUCGUGAUUUAGCUAAAAAGGAUGAACAAAGAAAAAUGGCAAAUCGUCGUAUAAGAGCUCGUGAACCUGCUAAGAAUUCACCUUAUUUUUUCGAAAUUGCAGAUGCUUUAAGAUACUUAAGAGCUUCUGAAGUUGGUAGAUCUCCAAAUGAAGCUGUUAUAACAAUCACAACUGAUAUUGUUGCUGAUAAAGGUGCUCCUGCCCUUGCUGGUUCUGUUAAAUUUCCAAAAGCCAUGAAAGAAACAAGAACUAUUUUCUUCACAACUGAACCUGAACAAAUUGAAGCUGCUAAAAGAGUUAAUGUUACCACUGUAGGUGGUAUUGAAUUGAUUGAACAAAUUAAAAAUGGUGAAUUAGAAUUAGAUUUUGAUAGAGGUUUCGCCACAGCUGAAUUAACAAAAGAAUUGGGUUCAAUCGCAAGAAAAUUAGGUCCAAAAGGUCUUAUGCCAACAGUUAAAAAGGGAACAGUGGUGGAAGAUAUUGAAAAAACAGUAAAUGAAGUUUCAGGUACAAUCCCAUUCAGACAAAAGGGUACUUUCCUUUCAGUUGCAGUAGGGAGAUGUAAUUUCACUGAUAAAGAAAUCAUUAAUAAUAUUGUGGCAUUGGCUCAUGCUUUUAGAGAAUCUGUUUCAAAUCAAAAAGCUAAAAGAAAUAGUAUCUUAGGUCAAACAACUAUAACUUCUACACAUGGUCCAGGGAUGGUUAUUGAUUUCAGAUGA